CUCCAUCAUGUAAAUUUUGUAAAAAUAAUAUAAUAAUAAUGAAAUAUUUAUUAUUUUAUGUUAAUCACAUUUAGUUGUUAAGUUAAAUUUUUAAGUAAAUUGUUUUUUCAAGCAUCAUAAUGUUUAUAAUAGUGAAUUAAGUUACAGUGGCAGUAUCCUUUUGUCCGAGUAGUAAUUUCCUAUUCUUUUAUAAAGGUAAUGAAAUCACUGUUGAAUGACCCAAUAAGACUACAUCCGUCAAGAUCAACUAUUAUUUAUCAAUUAAACUCUCAAGUUAUUUUAAGUUUAAGCCACAAUGCAAAUUUUUUCACUUAUAUAAACUGAAUAUUUUAAUUGUCAAGCUAUGAAUCAAGAAUCACAAUCAUGUUGUCCAGUUUGUACACUAUACUUGCGCCCUGGCAUAUCUCUUCCAGCUCAUUUAAACACUCAUCCAAAAAAACACGUUAUAAAAGCUCUUCUUUCAUUAACCAACCAAAAUACUAGUAUUUCUAAGGUUGUUGAUCAAAAUGAAGAAACUCUCUCAGAUGAAAGUAGCUCUACUUCGUCAUGCCAUUCAGGAACUAAUAAUAUUCAGGAUAGAGCGAAUGAUGAUAGAAUAGGUCCUGUUUGUUUAUCUCCUAAAAAUUCAAAUGGUCAAGUUUUUUCUGAACUAAGAGACGUUUUUGAUAACAAUCUCGAUGAUGUUAGUAUUGAAGAAAAUAAUGGCGUUUUUGAAAAUCACUAUUCACCUGAAUAUGAAGAUCAGCAAGAUUGUAGUACAAGCUUUCAAGGUGGUUCUAUUGAGUCUACUCAAAAUCCUGAAGAACUAGAAGAAACUACUAGAUCAUCUAUUACUGAAAAUUUUAAUACUGAUCCAUUUCAAACAAAUGUGAAUGUUAUUGAAGAUGAAGAAUAUAUGUCUCGUUAUUUUUAUUCAAGUGAAAAUGCACGUAUUUCACAUACUGAUCCUGAUCCACAGUUGAAUCCACCUCAAUACAGUACACUUACUACUAUGGAAUUACAUACAGAAUAUAUAUCAUCAAAUAAUCAAGAAAAUCAAUUAACUUUAGAUAUUCAAACUGAUGAACUUAUGCCUGCUCAUGGUGAGUUAUCAGGACAAGAAAGUUUAGAACCUCCAGAGCCUAUUCUAGCAUCUAUAUGGACUAUGAAAAAUAAUGAUGAAUCUCAGCCUCAUACCAGUUCAGCAUGGGAUGAUACAGUUCAUGAAGUCAGUACAGCAGCUAGAAAUUUAAUGAGUUUGAAAAAUAGGGAAGAAUUACCCAAAGAUGAGAUUUUAGAAAAAAAAGAAUUUAAGCCUUUAUUAGGAAAGUUAACUUGCCCUUAUUGUAAAUUAAAAUUUAAUGGUGUUAAGGACCGAAAAGCACACAUAGAUGAGGAACACAAAAAUGAAGAAGGAGUUAAAAAAGGUUUGAUGUAUAUUAAACCACUAACUAAAGUUGAAAACGAGAUAGUUAGUAAUGAUAUUGAAAAUUUAAAAGUUGAAUGUGGUAUAUGUGGUCAAGCAUUUGAGGAUUAUAUUAAAAUGACAUUGCAUUUUAUAGAUACUCAUAAAGAUAAGAAUAACUUAUGUCCUACAUGUGAUACAGUUUUUCCUAUGAUCACAGAAUUUCGAGAUCAUAUAUUAAAAGUUCAUCCACUGGUUUGUAGCUUCUGUUCAAGACAAUUUCAUUCCCAAUUUUCUUUAACAGCUCAUCUCAAACGCCAUCUUCAAAUUAGACCAUAUAACUGUGAUCACUGCAAUAAAUCAUUUGUUAGUCGUAUUCAACUUCAAGAUCAUGUAAACGGGCAUCUCAAUAUUAAACCAUAUAAUUGUGAUCGCUGUGAACAUUCCUUUAGGUGCAGAGCUAAUCUUAACAGCCAUAUACGAAAAUUACAUGAACCCUCUGGAAGUCAAAAAGAUUUUUACUGCCACUGUGGAGAGGUGUUUUCAUCAUUAAAAAAAUUGACUUGGCAUAAAGAAACACAUGAAGUAAAACCUAAACAGUGCCUUUGGUGCUCUGAACGAUUUAUACAUAUUACUUCUUUGACUAGACACAUACGGAGAUCACAUGAUCCUGGAUAUUUGCCAACCAAGGAUCGAGAUACAGAAAAUAUGUGCUGUCAAAUAUGUAAUAACACAUUUUUAAGAAAAUCAUUUGCCACUCAUAUGCUUAUUCAUAAAGAUCUAAGACCUUUUUCGUGUAAUAUAUGCAAUCAUGCAUUUCGAACUAAAUGGAAUUUAAGGAUGCAUCAAUGGACUCAUAUGUCAAGAUCACAUAAACCAUUUAAAUGUACACAAUGUAAGAGUGCAUUUUAUUUAAAACAUGAGUGGGAUGCUCAUGUUCGAGCACAUAAUGGCGUUCGUCCAUUUACUUGUAAUGAGUGUGGUAAACAAUUUAUUAGAAAAAAACAUUGCAUCCGACAUAUGGCUGAACAUGAAGAAGGGAAUCGAUCGUUUGAGUGUCCUGAAUGUGGAAAAAAAUUCCAUCGAAGUUAUUACCUCUCUGAUCAUAUGAAAACACAUACAGGGCAAAAGCCUCAUACUUGUCAUAUUUGUGGAAAAACAACCAGCUCAAAAUCUAAUCACAAUAAGCAUGUCCGUACACAUCAUGCUAGGGAAUCGGUUAAUACUGAAGGUUAAUUUUGAAAAAAACCUUGUAAAUAAAAAAUGUAUUGUAUAAAGAUCUGAUUAUUUAAUUCACUUAAUAAUCACUAAAAAUUAAAACUUGUGUAUAUUAAUUUAAGGUCGAUUAUGUAAUUACUAAUUUAUACUCAUAAAUUGAAUUUAUUUAAUUGAAUAUUUUAUAUUUAAGUAAUACAUUAUGCAUAAUUAGAGUUGCCUUUGCAUAUUAAAUUUUAUCAUCACUUUCUUCUUUUUGAACUGGCUCACCUUAUUUGUUUUUAAAUACUUGAUGGUAAAUUAGAAUUAUUGAGUUCAUAUGGCAUUUUUUAACCAUUAAUAUUAUCUUUACAAGUUUGUCAGUUCAACCCUUUACCAAUUUUAUUGUUAUUAUGUAUUUUUUUUUAACUUAAGUAUUUAUAAGUUUAUUAGCUUAUAAGUUAGGUAUUAUUUUUAAACCUAUUAACUCUCAUAUAAAUUCAUAUUAUGCAAGAACGCAGA